AUCGUACCUAACACGGGAAGCAACGCGAGAAAGCAGCUUCUUCCAUGUUCCUAUGAAUAUGAGAUUUGAAUAUCACCAGCGCGUCUUCCAGAUUAUGCGCUUCCAACAUGGCUACUCUAGUGGAAGCAAACACAGCUAGAGGCCGCGGGGACAUUGAUGAUGAUGGCGAUAUCUCUCCGAGGCAUCCUGCUAUCCAGCAGAUAGGUGCCGCCAGCAAUGGUCUUGAGCCACUCGCCAUGCGUGCAGAUCCAGAUGCAUCAGCUACCGUAACCGACUUCCUCGAUUUUACAGAACAUCUACCUGCCGACAUCACCCGAUCCCUUACGCUGAUUGCCAAGCUCGACAAUUCCUAUAUCGAUUCAUCCGCCGCAGUGAAUGAGCUCACUACGGUUUGGGGAAAGCUACCGGCGCUACCACCCAAUGAGCGCGUCGACCCUGCAAAGCUUCGCUCCGACAUCUCUGAUCAGCUCAGCCAUGCCCUCAGCUCACGUACGUAUGCCCACGCUGAGGCGUGUCGCAUGUUGGACAUUGUCAACAGGCAUCAUACUAGAAUACAGACUAUCUUGGGCAAACUUCACACCAUGCGCGACAACUUUCCCACAGUCGAGGAACAAGAGCAACGGAGCCCGAUUCAGUCAAAGUCCCCGCAGAUGAUCCGUGGGCCUAAGAUUACUCUUCGUGUUGAUAGCAAUGGGGAAAAGAUGCGACCACGCCGGAUCAUUGUUCCUGGUGAGGUGUUAGGACCCCACGAGGUCGACUUUAAUGUCUACAGUGACUCUAGCGAGGACAGUUCCGAAGACGAGAUCUCGGUUUCUCCGCCUAGGCGACCGACAGAAAAUCCUCGUAUCAAACUAGUUAAACCAAUCAAGACCCCUAAGCAGCAACGGCCUCUGAAGAUAUCUCGGCCAGCGCGACCCACCGCGCGGGAGAAUGGACCACCCCCGGUUUCUACAAGCACCGCCUUAGCGAAGCUCAAGCCACCCCCCGAGAACGCUGUCCCGGGUAGUACAGACGCUCCGUGGCUCCAGCUUACUCAGUACGAACUCGCUAAGCUUAGGAAGAGAAUGAAGAAGAACUCGCAAUGGAUCCCAAGUGACACCAUGAUUGCGCGAGAACUUAGAAAUCUUGGCCGCGGUGUGGAAGCCUUCAAAGACGCCCAAAAGAAAGCCGAGGAAGAAGGAAGACCAUUUGAACCUACCCUUCCCGCACCAGUUGUGGACUCUGAAUCUGGUAUCCCACACCCGCCUGAAGGUGCUAUCAGUGCUGACGCCUUGACGGCUGAUGAAGUACAGCUGAGCAAUCGUGGUAUGAAGCUGAACGAGGCCAAAAAGUUGAAACGCGAAACUCUGGCUAGGAUGGCUGCCGAGGAAGCAGAGGAGUCAGCCAGGAAAAUGGCCGAAGCUGCUCGGAUCUUCAUGAAUCAUGAGGCCUCCCCAUCCGUGGCUGGCAGUUCUCACGAUAAGUCACAGGAGACCGGACAAAGUCAAGGCAAAGCAUCGGGCAAAUCUAAAGCCAAGAAACGAAAGCGCGAGUCGUUAUCUGAGACUCCGGGUCCAGAGAAGCCUCAAAGCACAGAAAACAUACCUUCGAAUCAGACGCCAACUCUUCCACCUGCGCAGCCUGAGAAGCCGCAGAUAAAACGCACCAAAACAGAGACACCAGUUCCUCCACCUCAGAUUACUCCACGGCCUCCAUCUGCCCCUCCACAAUCUACCACUGCGCCUCCGACGCAUUCUGUUCCGGUUGAGACGCCAGUACCUGUUCCCCAGCUUGGCAGAACAGGCCUGACGUCCAAGACCCCUGUCCCGGUUCCAGUACCUAUCACUGUGCCCUCUGAUUCCUCUAUAGUAGCUGUGAGGCCGGCUGCAUCCUCAGGACAGACGAGCCCGGUCCCGCCGUCUACUGUCACAACCGUAGUUCCUACCAAACCUCCCGCAGAAACGCCAGUUCCACCUCCUAUUAAGACAUCUACUACUCCCAUUCUUCCUCCAGCUCGCGAUCUCCCAAAACGAGAAACACGGCAAAAUGUGCAAUCAGCUGCCGCCAAUCUCAAACAGCCUAGUAACUCGCGUGGUAAUACACCGCCGCCCGCCCCCGUUGCGCUGCCUGAACCACAGCUACAGCCACCACCACCACAGCAGCAGCAGCAGCAGCAGCAGCCGCAAACUCAACCUCAACAUCAACCUCAACCUCAACCACAACCCCAGCCCCAGCCGCAACCACAGCCAGUCACUAUUCGACGACCUGUCUCGCGAGGGAAGGCCGCAAGCCAGGAGCCUCCUCCAACGCUGGCAGCUGAUCGGCCUCGACGUGCUAGCACGGCUAGGAAUACACCAGCCCCUGAGGUUCGUCAACCCAGCAAGCGCGCCAAACGACCUGCGCCAGGUGUGGUGACAACCAAUUUUGGUGGCACUAGCGCUAUAGGAAAACGCAAGGCAGCACCACGCAAGAAAGCCAGGGGUAAUCCCAGAAGGGAGAAGGGCACCAAUCAACAUCCAGAACCUGAAGUCGAGGUUGAAGUGGACGAUGAUGGAAAUGUCAUCGACCCUGAUGAACCAAGAUAUUGCCUCUGCAACAGAGUUAGUUUUGGUACUAUGAUACAGUGUGAUAAUAUUGAUAACUGCGAGAAAGAAUGGUUUCAUCUUGAGUGUGUAGGGCUCUCCGAGAUUCCUGCGCGUACAACGAAGUGGUAUUGCCCUCAGUGCCGCAUUCUUCUCAAUAUAGGAGAGCGGGGAGAAGUCACAUCACGUGGAAUUAAGAUGUAACAUCUACCGUAUCCUUUUCCCAUGGUAUCCCAAUUAAGGGGAAGCACACGGUAAUUUUCAGCGUGGAGCCACUUCGUGCAGUCCAUGUCUUCGACGAUACAGCACAUGGAAUGCUGGUCUGGAACCAAGCUCGCAAAGCUCAGACUGUCUGGUUUUUGACCUUCGUUUUACCUGUCUUUUGCGUGCGUGGAUUAUGAUACCAGUUCGGAGUAUGGUGUUAAAGGCUUCUAAUACAAACAACUUAAUCCUAUUAGAUAGCUAGGUAAUUGAAACAGUGCUUGCUCAUCAGGGCUUCGUAUAAUCGGUCGGAGAAGUGAUGAUCCUAAACUUAAGGUGGCCCUACCAGCUGAGGUCCAUUUACUUUUCAAGAGUCAAACUAUCAAUGAAGGAAUGAAUAUUUAUGAUUGUCGAAUAAACGAAGCGAAUUGAAGACAGGUUCCGCCUGGCGUCAACCAACCCCGCAUUACUAUCGCAAU